GAUUGGAUGGAGAAGAAAGAACUUGGGAUACAGAACCAAUUGUACGAAGAGCUGCUAGAAAGCGACUCCAUGGAAUAUCGAAAACUCCUUUGGGUGCCCCAUGACAUCUUGGUUGAACUACUGGCCCGCGUCCGUCCGCGAAUACAGAGGCAAACGACGAACAUGAGGCGUCCUGUGAGCGCGAAGACCCGUCUCCAGCUGACACUGCGAUACUUGGCAUCUGGGGAAUCCCAUCACUCCCUGAGCCGACAGUUUCGCGUCGGCCACAGCGCUGUGAAUGACAUAAUUCACAGCACGUGCGCUGUGAUCUACGACAUGCUGAAGGACGAAGAACUGGCAGCACCCAAGUCGACGGACGCCUGGCUGCGGGUGGCUCAGCAGUUCAGCGACCGGUGGCAGUUCCCAGACUGUGUGGGUGGCAUCGACGGGAAGCAUGUCGCCAUUAUAAAACCUGCAUAG